GCCACUGCGGUCGCCACCCCGCCCCCUUCCGGGCACCGUUGUGAGCUUGGCGUGAGCCCGGUGCUUGCGGUCCGGCCCUGCCGGGACCAAUGCCCUCUAGUGGCUCAGUGUCUAGAAACCGCCAAAGAGGACUCCCCAUGGCAUCCCGAAGCUUAGACGGGUCCCGCCGCGGGAGUCUCCGGCGGGCCGGCACGCGUGAGCCGGCGAGCGAGGUGGCAGAGGUGGCAGGCCAGGCUUCGGGGUCCUCCUGGCCUUCGCCUUUCUUCUCCGUGUCUGCUCCAUCGGCCGCUGUGGCUCCCUGCCCGACCGACAUGGCGGCGGUGUUGCAGCAAGUCCUGGAGCGUUCGGAACUGAACAAACUGCCUAAGUCGGUCCAGAACAAACUCGAAAAGUUCCUGGCCGACCAACAGUCCGAGAUCGAUGGCCUGAAGGGGCGGCACGAGAAGUUUAAGGUGGAGAGCGAACAACAGUACUUCGAGAUCGAGAAGAGGCUGUCCCACAGUCAGGAGAGACUUGUGAGUGAAACCCGAGAGUGCCAAAGCUUGCGGCUGGAGCUGGAGAAGCUCAACAGUCAGCUGAAGGCACUAACUGAGAAAAACAAAGAACUUGAAUUUGCUCAGGAUCGAAAUGUUGCCAUUCAGAGCCAAUUUACAAGGACAAAGGAAGAAUUAGAAGCUGAGAAAAGAGACUUAAUUAGGACCAAUGAGAGACUGUCUCAAGAACUUGAAUAUGUAACAGAGGAUGUUAAACGUUUAACUGAGAAACUUAAAGAAAGCAAUGCAACAAAGGGGGAACUUCAGUUAAAAUUGGAUGAACUUCAAGCUUCUGAUGUUUCUGUCAAGUAUCGAGAAAAACGUUUGGAGCAAGAAAAGGAAUUACUACAAAAUCAAAAUACGUGGCUGAAUACAGAGUUAAAAACCAAAACUGAUGAACUUCUGGCUCUUGGCAGAGAAAAAGGAAAUGAGAUUCUAGAGCUUAAAUGUAACCUUGAAAACAAAAAAGAAGAGGUUACUAGGAUGGAAGAACAGAUGAACAGCUUGAAAACAUCAAAUGAGAAUCUGCAGAAGCACGUAGAGGAUCUGUUGACCAAACUGAAAGAGGCCAAGGAACAACAGGCCAGUAUGGAAGAGAAGUUCCACAAUGAAUUAAAUGCUCACAUAAAACUCUCUAAUCUAUACAAGAGUGCUGCCGAUGACUCCGAGGCAAAGAGCAAUGAGCUGACCCGCGCAGUGGAUGAACUACACAAGCUUUUGAAAGAAGCUGGAGAAGCAAAUAAAGCAAUUCAAGAUCAUCUUCUAGAGGUAGAGGAAUCUAAAGAACAAAUGGAAAAAGAAAUGCUUGAGAAAUUAGGUAAAUUGGAGAAGGAACUAGAGAAUGCAAAUGACCUGCUUUCUGCCACAAAACGUAAAGGAGCCAUCCUGUCUGAAGAAGAGCUCACAGCCAUGUCCCCCACUGCAGCAGCUGUAGCCAAGAUCGUGAAGCCCGGCAUGAAGCUGACUGAGUUGUAUAAUGCUUAUGUGGAAGCUCAGGAUCAGUUGCUCUUGGAGAAACUAGAGAACAAAAGAAUUAAUAAGUACUUAGAUGAAAUCGUAAAAGAAGUUGAAGCCAAAGCACCGAUUUUGAAACGCCAGCGGGAGGAGUAUGAACGGGCACAGAAAGCCGUGGCAAGUUUAUCAGUUAAACUUGAACAAGCUAUGAAGGAGAUUCAGCGAUUGCAGGAGGACACUGAUAAAGCCAACAAACAUUCUUCUGUCCUUGAAAGAGACAAUCAGAGAAUGGAAAUCCAAAUAAAAGAUCUUUCACAACAGAUUAGAGUGCUUCUGAUGGAACUUGAGGAAGCGAGGGGCAACCAUGUAAUUCGUGAUGAGGAAGUAAGCUCUGCCGAUAUAAGCAGUUCAUCUGAAGUAAUAUCCCAGCACCUAGUGUCUUACAGAAAUAUCGAAGAACUUCAGCAGCAAAAUCAGCGUCUGUUAGUGGCUCUUAGGGAACUUGGAGAGACCAGAGAAAGAGAAGAACAAGAAACAACUUCAUCCAAGAUUACUGAGCUUCAGCUUAAACUCGAGAGCGCGCUUACUGAAUUGGAACAACUCCGUGGGUCCCGACAGCAUCAGAUGCAGCUCGUUGACUCCAUAGUUCGUCAGCGUGACAUGUACCGUAUUUUGUUGUCACAGACAACAGGAGUUGUCAUUCCUUUACAAGCUUCAAGCUUGGACGAUAUUUCACUCAUCUCAACACCAAAACGUUCAAGUACGUCACAGACGGCUUCCACUCCUACGUCAGUACCUGUCAUCGAGUCAGCAGAGGCCAUAGAAGCCAAGGCUGCCCUGAAACAGUUGCAGGAAAUUUUCGAGAACUACAAAAAGGAAAAGGCAGAUAAUGAAAAACUACAGAAUGAGCAACUUGAGAAACUUCAGGAGCAAGUCACUGAUCUGCGAUCGCAAAACACCAAAAUAUCUACACAGCUGGAUUUUGCUUCUAAGCGGUAUGAAAUGCUACAAGAUAAUGUUGAAGGAUACCGCCGAGAAAUAACAUCCCUACAGGAGAGAAACCAGAAGCUCACUGCAACGACUCAGAAGCAGGAACAGAUCAUCAACACAAUGACACAAGACUUAAGAGGAGCGAACGAAAAGCUGGCUGUUGCAGAAGUAAGAGCAGAAAAUUUGAAAAAGGAAAAGGAAAUGCUGAAGUUGUCAGAAGUUCGUCUUUCUCAGCAAAGAGAGUCUUUGUUAGCUGAACAAAGAGGGCAAAACUUACUGCUAACUAAUCUGCAGACAAUUCAGGGAAUACUGGAGCGAUCUGAAACAGAAACCAAACAAAGGCUCAGUAACCAGAUAGAAAAAUUGGAACAUGAGAUAUCUCACCUAAAAAAGAAGUUGGAGAACGAGGUGGAACAAAGGCACACGCUCACUAGAAACCUAGAUGUUCAACUUUUAGAUACAAAGAGGCAGCUGGAUACUGAGACAAAUCUUCAUAAUAACACAAAAGAACUAUUAAAAAAUGCUCAAAAGGAAAUUGCAACAUUGAAACAGCACCUCAGUAAUAUGGAAGCCCAGCUUGCUUCGCAGUCCUCACAGAGAACCGGUAAAGGUCAGCCCAGCAGCAAAGAAGAUGUGGAUGAUCUUCUGAGUCAGCUACGGCAGAUGGAGGAGCAGGUGAACGACUUGAAGGAGAGGCUCAAAACCAGCACCAGCAACGUGGAGCAGUAUCGCGCAAUGGUGACCAGUUUAGAGGAAUCCCUUAACAAGGAAAAACAGGUGACAGAGGAAGUCCGUAAGAAUAUUGAAGUUCGUCUGAAAGAGUCGGCUGAGUUUCAGACUCAGUUGGAAAAGAAGUUGAUGGAAGUGGAGAAGGAAAAACAGGAGCUUCAAGACGACAAGAGAAAAGCCAUAGAGAGUAUGGAACAGCAGUUGUCUGAAUUAAAGAAAACACUCAAUAGUGUCCAGAACGAAGUACAAGAAGCUCUUCAGAGAGCAAGCACAGCUUUGAGCAACGAACAGCAAGCCAGACGUGACUGUCAGGAGCAAGCUAAGAUAGCGGUGGAAGCCCAGAAUAAGUACGAGAGAGAGCUGAUGCUGCACGCCGCGGACGUCGAAGCUCUGCAGGCUGCCAAGGAGCAGGUUUCCAAAAUGGCAUCUGUCCGCCAGCAUCUGGAAGAAACCGCCCAGAAGGCAGAGUCACAGUUGUUGGAAAGUAAAGCAUCUUGGGAGGAAAGAGAGAGAAUGUUAAAGGAUGAAGUGUCCAAGUUUAUGUCUCGCUGUGAAGACCUAGAGAAACAGAAUAGAUUACUGCAUGACCAGAUUGAAAAACUAAGUGACAAGGUUGUCGCCUCUGUGAAGGAAGGUAUACAAGGCCCAUUGAAUGUAUCUUUCAGUGAAGAAGGAAAAUCGCAAGAACAAAUUUUAGAAAUCCUCAGAUUUAUACGACGAGAAAAAGAAAUUGCUGAAACAAGGUUUGAGGUGGCUCAGGUGGAGAGUCUGCGUUACCGACAGAGGGUCGAACUGUUAGAGAGGGAGCUGCAGGAACUGCAGGACAGUCUGAACGCCGAGAGGGAGAAGGUCCAGGUAACUGCAAAAACAAUGGCCCAGCAUGAAGAACUGAUGAAGAAAACCGAAACAAUGAACAUCGUUAUGGAGACCAAUAAGAUGCUAAGGGAAGAAAAGGAGAGGCUGGAACAGGAGCUACAACAGAUGCAAGCGAAGGUGAGGAAACUGGAGUUAGAUAUUUUACCUCUACAAGAAGCAAACGCUGAGCUGAGUGAGAAGAGUGGAAUGUUGCAGGCAGAGAAGAAGCUGUUGGAAGAAGAUGUCAAGCGCUGGAAGGCCCGUAAUCAGCAUCUAAUAAAUCAACAAAAAGAUCCAGACACAGAAGAAUAUCGGAAGCUCCUUUCUGAAAAGGAAGUUCAUACCAAGCGUAUUCAACAGUUAACUGAAGAAGUUGGGAGACUUAAAGCUGAGAUUGCAAGAUCAAAUGCAUCUUUGACUAACAACCAGAACUUAAUCCAGAGUCUAAAGGAAGAUUUAAAUAAAGUAAGAACUGAAAAGGAAAGUAUCCAGAAGGACUUAGAUGCUAAAAUAAUUGAUAUCCAAGAAAAAGUCAAAACUAUUACUCAAGUCAAGAAAAUUGGACGUAGGUACAAGACCCAAUAUGAAGAACUCAAAGCACAGCAAGAUAAGGUCAACGAGACCUCAGCUCUGUCCUCUGGAGACCAUCAGGAGCACCACGUCUCAGUCCAGGAACUGCAGGAGCUCAAAGAAACCCUUAACCAAGCUGAGACAAAGUCCAGGUCACUGGAGAGUCAAGUAGAGAAUCUGCAGAAGACAUUAUCUGAGAAAGAGGUGGAAGCAAGAAAUCUCCAAGAGCAGACCUUGCAGCUUCAAUCCGAGCUUGCACGGCUUCGUCAGGAUCUGCAAGACAGAACCACACAGGAGGAGCAGCUCCGGCAGCAGAUAACUGAAAAGGAGGAAAAGACCAGAAAGGCUAUUGUAGCCGCAAAGUCAAAAAUUGCACAUUUAGCUGGUGUAAAAGAUCAGCUGACUAAAGAAAAUGAGGAGCUUAAACAAAGGAACGGGGCCUUAGAUCAGCAGAAGGAUGAAUUAGAUGUUCGUAUGACUGCUCUUAAGUCGCAAUAUGAAGGUCGAAUUAGUCGCUUGGAAAGAGAACUCAGGGAGUAUCAAGAAAGACACCUUGAGCAGAGAGAUGAGCCUCAAGAACCUACUAAUAAGGUCCCAGAACAGCAGAGACAGAUCACGUUGAAAACCACUCCAGCUUCUGGCGAAAGAGGAAUUGCCAGCACAUCAGACCCACCGACAGCGAAUAUCAAGCCAACUCCCGUUGUUUCUACCCCAAGUAAAGUGACAGCUGCAGCCAUGGCUGGGAAUAAGUCAACGCCCAGGGCUAGCAUCCGCCCCAUGGUUACUCCUGCAACUGUUACAAACCCUACUACUACCCCAACGGCCACAGUGAUGCCCACUACACAGGUGGAAUCACAGGAAGCCAUGCAGUCAGAAGGGCCUGUGGAGCACGUCCCAGUUUUCGGAAGCACGAGUGGGUCCGUUCGUUCCACUAGUCCUAACGUCCAGCCCUCCAUCCCUCAGUCCAUCCUGACUGUUCAGCAGCAGACACAGGCCACGGCGUUUGUGCAGCCCACUCAACAGAGUCAUCCCCAGAUUGAGCCUGCCGGUCAAGAGCUGUCCCCGAACAUAGUGGAGGUGGUUCAGAGUUCACCAGUCGAGCGGCCUUCCACUUCCACAGCAGUGUUCGGCACUGUUUCAGCGACCCCAAGUUCUUCUCUGCCGAAGCGCACACGUGAAGAAGAGGAGGACAGCACCAUAGAAGCACCAGACCAGGUCUCAGAUGAUGCCGUGGAGAUGCCUCUUCCAAAGAAACUGAAAAGCGUUACACCUGUCGGAACCGAGGAAGAAGUUAUGGCAGAAGAAAGUACUGAUGGAGAGGUAGAGACUCAAGUAUACAACCAAGACUCUCAAGAUUCCAUUGGAGAAGGGGUCACCCAGGGAGAUUAUACACCCAUGGAAGACAGUGAAGAAACCUCGCAAUCCUUACAAAUAGACCUUGGAGCCCUUCAGUCAGAUCAGCAGACAACUUCAUCCCAAGAUGGUCAAGGCAAAGGGGAUGACGUCAUUGUAAUUGACAGUGAUGAUGAAGAGGACGAUGAUGAUGAAAAUGACGGAGAUCAUGAGGACUAUGAAGAAGAGGAGGAAGAAGAUGACGACGACGAAGAUGACACGGGGAUGGGAGACGAGGGUGAUGACAGUAAUGAAGGCACCGGCAGUGCGGAUGGCAAUGACGGAUAUGAAGCUGAUGAUGCCGAGGGCGGCGACGGGACUGAUCCAGGUACAGAGACAGAAGAAAGUAUGGGUGGAGGUGAAAGUAAUCAGAGAGCUGCUGAUUCUCAAAACAGUGGUGAAGGAAAUUCAGGUGCUGCAGAGUCGUCUUUUUCCCAGGAGAUUUCUAGAGAACAGCCGUCAUCAGCAUCUGAAAGACAGACCCCUCGAGCACCACAGUCACCUAGACGUCCACCACACCCCCUGCCCCCAAGACUGACCAUUCAUGCCCCACCGCAAGAGUUGGGACCACCAGUUCAGAGGAUUCAGAUGACUCGGAGGCAGUCUGUGGGGCGUGGGCUUCAGUUGACUCCAGGAAUCGGGAGCAUGCAGCAGCACUUUUUUGACGAUGAAGACAGAACAGUUCCAAGUACCCCAACUCUCGUGGUGCCGCAUCGUACUGAUGGGUUUGCGGAAGCGAUUCACUCCCCACAAGUCGCUGGUGUCCCCAGAUUCCGGUUUGGGCCGCCUGAAGACAUGCCGCAGACAAGCUCGAGUCACUCAGAUCUUGGCCAGCUGGCUUCUCAAGGAGGUUUGGGGAUGUAUGAAACCCCCCUCUUCCUGGCUCACGAAGAAGAGUCGGGGGGCCGCAGCGUCCCCACCACCCCUCUGCAAGUCGCGGCUCCAGUGAACGUGUUCACCGAGAGCACCGCCUCUGACGCUUCGGAGCACGCCUCGCAGUCUGUCCCAAUGGUGACCACGUCGACUGGCACUUUGUCCACCACCACCGAAACGGCCACAGGAGAUGACGGCGACGAAGUGUUCGUGGAGGCGGAAUCUGAAGGUAUUAGUUCAGAAGCAGGCCUGGAAAUUGAUAGUCAGCAGGAAGAAGAGCCUGUUCAGGCAUCUGAUGAGUCAGAUCUUCCUUCCACCAGCCAGGACCCUCCUUCCAGCUCUUCUGCAGAUACGAGCAGUAGUCAGCCGAAGCCUUUCCGACGAGUGAGACUUCAGACGACUUUGAGACAGGGCGUCCGCGGCCGUCAGUUUAACAGACAGAGAGGUGUGAGCCAUGCAAUGGGAGGGAGAGGAGGAAUAAAUAGAGGAAAUAUUAACUAAAUAUCCUAUAAACUGUAAUAACUGUGAAUAAGAUUGUUCAGACUGUGUUAGUGUUACGAUUGUCGAGCUUAAAAAAAUUUUGUAUUUAAAUCGGUAUGCUUAUCUCAACAUUCUUUAUUAAUAAAAUGUAUUUCAAUGUCAAAAUUUA